CCGGUUCGGCUCCGUCUUAGCCGAUUAAAGCGAACCGAACCGGUUCAAGGCGACCCCUUUGUGCCGCCUUAGCCCUCUUUUUUCCUCUCUCUCUCUCUCUCUCUCUCUCUUCGUCGGGGUUCAAAUCCCAUGGCGAACCCGCUCCCCACCUCGGAUAUCCACCUCCAAACCCUAAACCCUCGGAUGAGAAGCUUCGUUCAUGGUACCCGUCGACGAUCCCACCUCGACAGCGCCUCCUACCGCACCCUCGUCCGCAUCUUCUCUCAUUGCCUCGACUUCUCUCUCAAUCCCCCUCGAAAUCCUCCUGAAGAUGCAAACCCUAGCUCGGAUCCUGCUUCUACUCUUCGCGAAGCGCGGGAGAUCUCGUUGGCUGGUAAAGAGCCGACCUUCGAUCGAGAUGAGAGUAGCGAGGGUGGUAGAGUCGAGCUUAAGGAGCGUGAGAGCCCUCAGUUGGAUCGAACUUCCGAUGAAACCAUGGUUUUGGGCGAGGAUUCGCUGAGUGGGGAUGGGUUGAUGUGUAAAGAUGAAGUGUUGCAAUCCGUGGAAGAGUGUUUACAGCGUGAGGACGCUAACAUGGUGGAAGGAUUGGAGAAUGGUGAGUGUGUUGAUAAUGCCCUUUUGAAUGAUCUCAUCUCCGACUUCUCUGGGUUGAUCGAUGCUCGUGAUGAUGUGGUUUGCUCAGUUAAUGGAUUAGAAAGUGGUGAGAAACGAGAUGGAAAUUUUGUUGUUGCUUGUGGUGAGACUCAGAAGAAUGUUAAUGAUCAGGUAUCAAGCUUGGUUGAUCAACUGAAACAACAAAAGGAUUGUACACAAAACGACCAAUGUGAUCUUGGUUUUUCCCUGAAGGCGCAGGAGGUUAAACACGGUGAGUCAGAUGCCUCUAAACAUGAAUUACCUUCUUUUGCGAAGCCAAAUCAAAUCAUUUCAUCCUCGGAAUCACAGCACUGCAGUGAGGAAGAAGAAAGGAUUAAAUGUCUAAAUGGUGAAACUCACAACGAAACACCUGAAGAAAUAAUGCAAAAGGAGGCUAACUCUUGUUUGGAACUUGUAAUGGAUGUUUCUAAGUUGGAGAAUUUUAAUCAGACUCAGGCAGAUCAAGCAGUGAGUCUGGUUGAUGAUGAAGAGAUUGAGGAAGGAGAAAUUCCAGACGAUGCACAGGAGUUGGACGAAGAUCUAUAUGAAGUUCACGAAGAUGAAAUUUUGAGCGAUCGGGACUCUGAAGAAGAUGCAGGUGAAAUUAACGGCGAGGAGGGCGAGUUGGCUGUCUCUUUUGACGAUAGGUCAAAUGAGGGUAGGCAUUUAUUGGGAAAUGAUAGAUUUUUCAUGUUACGAAGUAAAGGAGAUGAGACUAGUGUAUUGAAAGCGCAUGCUAGUUGCACAGCUGCUGAACAGGUUGCUCUGAACCUUUCAGGAGAAAAUUUUGAGAAAGUAGCAAGUGAGAACAAGGGUGCUUCAAUCAUUGAGCAGCCUCUUAAAGUUGAGAAGAAGAGAAAACGUACUUUGACCGACGAAAGAAAAGCUAAGAAAAAGAAGGCCAAACGAAUUAAGAGGGCACAGAAAGAGAGAGCACAAGGAGUAAGGAGAUUGAAAUUGCAGCCAAUAGUUAAGCCAAAAGUAGUCAAAUACUGCAGCUUCUUCUUGAAGGGAAGAUGUCAGCAGGGUGAUCUCUGCAAGUUUUCUCAUGACACAACUCCUCUGACAAAAUCCAAGCCAUGCAAGCAUUUUGCGUGUGGUAAUUGCUUGAAAGGGGAAGACUGUCCUUUCGAUCAUGAGCUUUCCAAGUACCCCUGUCACAACUUCUCUUCCAAAGGCAUGUGUAUUAGAGGAGAUAAAUGCAAGUUCUCACAUAAGAUCCCAGCCAGCGAAGGUUUGUCUCUAACAUCAGAAGUCAGGAAAUCUGAUACUCCGUCAACAACAGAAAAAUUGAACUCAGGAAAGCAAAGUAGCAUUCAGAACAUUCCCGCAGUUCCUUCUGUUGAGCCCAGAACUGUAGCUUCUAGCACAAGAUCUGACCAAAAGCAUUCAGUGGGUUCCUCAAUAAAGUCUACAAAAGCCCCCACAGAAAUACCAAAGGGUAUACGCUUUCUUUCAUUUGGGAAAGGGAAGUUAGAAAGCUGCAAUAAGCAGCAGAGCAACUUGGUCUUGGAGAGACGUGGAAUCAGCGAAGUCGGCAAUGAACAAAAAGCUGUUUUCCGUCCAUUUAUUAAGGAGGACAUGAAGGAUAACAACUUUUUAUGUAAGCCUUCUGUAACCCCCAGUUCAAAAAGCCUCCCAAGGGAAGUUUCAGAAGCCUCUAAGAUUUUAGAGGAGUUCUUAUUCUGUGGUGGCAGCUAGAGGCAGCCUAUCAACUUGUGAAGAAGCUCUCACAUCAUCCUUUUUCAUACUAUCACACGAGAAGGCAACAUUUCUGAGUGCUCCAUUUACCGUAGACAAAGACUGCUUUCCAGAUAAGUGGGACCAGUUACUUCUUACUCUUUUCUGUUGUGGUCCAUUGCUGCAUAUUUCCAGACUAUUCUAUCAUCUCUCCUGGACUUUACCUUUCUCUAGGGCUUGAGAUGCUCGCUGAUAAGCUCUAAAUCUUUUCGAUCAAGGAUGCCUCCAUCAAUGGCAAAGGGUAACUACUGGCUUUCAGUAACCAAGAGAACAACUUCUCUUUCAGACUUCCUAACACUUUGAAAUCAUAACUUAUGGGUGGGUGUCAAUCGUAAAGUGAUAUUAACAAAUCAAAAUUUACUACAGGUGGAUCAAAAUCAUUGAAUUUGCUUUAUCAGAUUCAAGGAAUUUACCUGUCACCCGUAAUUUCAGAUCUAUUCAUACCAUCAGAAAGGUGACUACUUGUAAGGAGGGGUUUGUCUCUGUGCAACAAAUAGGGGUGGCUUUUCGCUGAAAUGUUAGAUACUAGUUGCUGAUCCCAUCGACAUUUCUUUCAUUGCUAUUUGCUUCAAUUAUGCUCAGUGUGGAGGGAUACUGUUGUUGUUUCAUUAAAUAAUUGAAGUCAUGCAAGAUGCUGGCAUAGUUGUAGACAAGGAGGGGCAGAUGGAUAGAGACUCUUGUAAUUAUUGGCUCCGUAUCAAACACUGACCCAUUCAAAGUCUCCUAGCUUAAUGGUUUUUGCCUUGCUAUGAGCAUCUAAGUCACAAAGUAGUAUCACAUGAUCACUGCAACCACUCACAUGGGAGUACUUACAGUUCAUGCUCAUUAACUGUCACAUUCCACUCUUGUCGUCAAGUUCAAAGUUUCAUUUCCCUUCCACCUCCCUCUAAUUUCUUCCUUGUUUUUCAUGGUUUUACACUCACAGACUUGCAAUUCACCUUCCAGUAACUGGCUAUUAAUAUGCCGUCGUCUACCGCUGGGCAGCAUCGGUUACUUGAAAGUCAGUUGGAUGGUAGAUUUUAUAUCAAAACGUUAUUAUUAGUAAGGAUAGCAGAAUUAGAACGUGCAAUAGGUAGAGAGCAUAAUCAACUCUCAUAUUCUUACUACUUCAGUAUAAUACAUGCAAACAAAUGUCAGUAAUGUCAAAUCAUCUUGCCGGUUUGGAAUUUAGUCUGUGGUGGAAGAAUCCUAUGUUGCCAAAAUAUGUACUGAGUUCGUGCCCCGAUAGUCGCGGCGCGAUAGUUGUUGGUCUGUGUUGCUGGUGCAAAUCACACGUGCAAGCUGCUAAAUUUCGUAGAUCUAGUGGGGGCAAGGGCGAA